UCAUAAUGCUAGCACACGUGUAACCAGGAUUGAUAUAUACACUGCACAUAAUGAUGUAUUUAAUGCAACUAUUUCUCAAACAUAUAAUAAUACAUUUGAAAAUAAUGGUAUUUUAGAUGCACGGAAAAACGUAUCAUCAUUUAGUUCAGCGAUAUAUAACUCUAGCUUAUACCCUACGACUGUUGCCUAUAACUUAAACAAAACAAACGAAAUUAUUACAAGUUCUAAUGAUCCUAGAAUAUAUACCAAAAAUAAAAUUACAACCAAUUAUGAUAACACAAAUUAUUCCGAUCCUACCAUUGAAAACGAAUUUGUAAAUACUAUGUCUAUUUAUGAAACAACACCCUCUGUAAGUGACUCAGGCAGAAGUUUUGACACCGUUGAUAACGUUCAGCAGUUUACUGUUGGACAAUAUGUUAAUGUCAAUCAUCGUACAAAGGCAAGUGAUUCAAAUAUGCCAGAAACAACUCAUAGAGAUCUGUCACCUUUCGAUAAAGGUUUUGAAAACUUAGAUCAAAAAGAAGCAAAUGAUACAUUUGAAAGUCUUAAUGUGCCGACAUCGCAAUUCAAUGAAUUGAAUUUAAAUUCUAUAAAUCAAAAUAAUAGCGAUCAAAUAAAUGAGUUACCUAGAUGGACAGACAAUUACAAUCGGAUUAACUGGACACGCACUGACUUGAAUGACAAUUAUGAGAACGCCAGUCUUGAUGAACCACAUACAACUACCAACCACGGAUUAGGAAACAACCUGAAAGACACGUGGAGUCAGUCAUUAAGAAUUACGGAACUACCUUUAUCAGAUCCAAAUCGAAUAUUUAAAGUUGCUAAGGAAAUUCUGCUAAAAGACAGGAAUCACGUUGUAACAUUCAGAGAAUUAAUUAAACCGUUAGACUUCUCUGGAAAUAAAUUAACUCUAAAUGAUGUCAAAACAGACGACAAAGCAAACUCAUUUCCGCAGAAUUCAUAUCAGUUUACUACUGAAACUGCUGAGAAAACACAAGAUAUUAAUAUCCCUACAGCGCCUUUUAUUCCGGAAACGACACCAGUGUCAGUAACAAAUAGACCACUAUUAGAUAUAGUCACUGAAGAUAAUAACAGUGAUAAUAAUAGAAAAGUAAAAGAUCCACAUAAUGAUUCAGUCAAAGAAACAAAACUACCUGAAAUCGAUAUAACAACAACACAGUCUUCGGUUACUAUAGAGAGCGGUUCAAGAUCAACGACUUUAAAAGAAAUAGUGAGUAAAUGGAUGCGGGAACACGUCCAUGAUGUACCAGAUCCGGUGUCUACUUCUGCUUCUAAUGAACCAGAUAAAAGCAAGAUCAACGAUGAACAAAGCUCCAAUCAAAAUGAUACAAAUACUUUUAAACACUUGGACUCGCGGUAUCCAAAAUUAGAGGGUGGUAAGAUACAGUACGAUCCCCAGUGCGGAGUUGUUAAAGGUUGUUUUGUCGAUUGUAGCGGAAAUGACUGUAAAUUUAUGGUUACAUGGCGGGAUUUAGGCACGGCAGUGCAAUUUGAGUUGUUUGGCAAACCAGAUCGGUCGUUCAAUGAUGCAUGGGUAGCUGUUGGAUUUUCCAGUGACACACGAAUGGGUGAUGACAGUGUAACAGAAUGUGUGUACAGCAAUGGAUUUAUACAAGGGUUCAGUUCUUAUAACACAGGUUAUUCAAACCCGAGACGUCUGAAUCCGCCGAAAGUUGGUCUUAUAAAUGUUGAUGGUUAUUAUAACGAUGGUGUCCUGUUUUGUUCAUUUAUACGACAGAAGAGUCUUCCUCAGAUUCAAGGAUUUUUUGACCUGGAACAAGAUUGGCAUAUCAUGUUUGCACACGGAAAAGUUUUACAAGUGCCAGCCUGGCAGUUAUACAUGCAUUCCACGACAGAUCUUCCUCCAGCAUCAGCAGCUAGAAUAGAUUACCAGUCUGUCGUUGUUAUAGGCAGUGCUGCUAAGUUUCCACUAGUCAAAGCACAUGGCUGUCUGAUGAUCAUUGGUUGGGUGUUGUUUACUGGCAUUGGUCUAGUUGUAGCUAGGUAUUAUAAGAGUGUAUGGGGAGACAAAACUUUCAUGAAACUUAAAAUUUGGUUCCAGGUUCAUAGGGCGUGUAUGGUAACGGCUGUGGGUUUAAACAUCAUUGCUUUUAUUCUUAUAUUUAUAGAAGUUAAAGGAUACAGUGACAUACCAGAUAUACCUGGUAAAGGAUAUUUAAGGUCUCAUCCGGUACUUGGAAUCAUUGUAACAGUUUUAUGUGUAGCAAAUCCUGUUAUGGCGUUAUUCCGGCCAGGGCCUGAUUCUAAUAAAAGGCCCAUAUUUAACUGGGCUCAUUGGGGCGUUGGUAUGACAGCUUAUAUUUUAUCCGCAAUAUGUAUCUGUUUUGGCUUCCAGUUAGGGAAAUCCUCAACGCCUGAUUAUGCCAUAUACAUUAUGAUAGUAUAUGUUUUAUAUAUUAUCAUAUUUGACGUCGUCUUUGAGGUCAUGGAACUCCUUAAUAAAAAAGAAAAGAAAGGACCACUUAUGUCGAUAUAUCAAAUUGUAUGUUCAACGUCCAGUACUAAAUACCACGUCUCACGUGAAAAUGUGAAAGUUGAAGGAAUGGAGAUGAGCAACAGGAAUGGAACUGAAAACGGCACAAUACCUAAUGGAAAUCACGUGACCAAGGAUAAAAUUAGAAAGAGUGAUAAAAUAAAGACAAUGCUUUUAGCACUUCACAUUGCAUUUACUGGAGCAUUUGCACUUGUGUUAGUGUUGGUGGUAGCCUUGAAUUGAGGUAGAGAUUAUUGCAUUUCAAAACAUGCUAAAAA